CACUUACAUGUACACAUAGAUAGGUGCAUGAAACGAAGAAAUGUUGAUAUUAGGCAACAAUUCUUGGCAAUAGAGAGAAAAGGUCAUGGAAAAGUUCAAAUUGGUGGUUUUACCUUUGAUCAAGAAAUCUCAAGAGAGAAGCUUGCACGUGCAAUUAUAUUGCAUGAGUACCCACUUUCAAUCGUUGACCAUCUGGGGUUUAGAGAAUUUGCUACUAGUCUCCAACCCUUGUUUAAGAUGGUUUCCCGCAAUACGAUUAAGGGUGAUAUAAUGAAGAUUUAUGAGGUUGAGAAAGAUAAGAUGAUUAGCUACUUAGAGAAACUUCAAAGUAGAGUUGCUAUCACAACUGAUAUGUGGACAUCAAAUCAAAAGAAAGGCUACAUGGCUAUCACUGUACAUUACAUUGAUGAGUCUUGGUUACUACACCAUCAUAUUGUAAGGUUUGUUUAUGUGCCUCCUCCACACACAAAAGAAGUUCUUUCAGAUGUAUUAAUGGAUUUCUUGUUGGAUUGGAAUAUGGAUAGAAAAGUUUCUACAGUCACUGUGGAUAAUUGCUCAAGUAAUGACGGAAUGAUCAAUAUCUUGGUGGAGAAAUUAUCUUUGAGCGAUUCACUCUUAUUGAAUGGAAAAAUUUUCCACAUGCAAUGUGCGGCACAUGUGUUGAACUUAAUUGUUAAGGAAGUUUGCCAUGGAAGAAGCACCAUUGUUCUUGGGCAAUCAGUAGCAGAUGGUGACAGUUUAACUUCCUCAGGCGGAACCUUUGAGUUAGGCUUCUUUACUCCUGGCAGUUCACCCCAUCGCUAUGUUGGGAUAUGGUUCAAGAAAAUACCAGUAAGAAAAGUAGUAUGGGUGGCAAACCGGUUGAACCCUGUUGUGGGUUCCUCUGGGGUUCUACAGAUUGGGGAGGAUGGAAAUCUUGUGAUUAUGGAUGGACAAAACCUCACUUGGUCUACAGUAGUGUCUUCUGUGUCCAACGGCUCCAUUGUAGAGCUUUUGGAUUCAGGAAAUCUUGUUUUGAGAGAAGGUGAUUCAAAUGGCAGUUUUAUAUGGCAGAGUUUUGAUUACCCAUCUGAUUGUUUCCUUCAGAACAUGAAGGUUGGUCUCAACCUCAAAACGGGGGAGAAACGGUUCUUGACUUCAUGGAGAAGCGACAACGAUCCGUCACCUGGAAAUUUUACUCUUGGAGUUGACCAACAGAAGCUCCCACAAGGUUUGGUCUGGAAAGGGUCAGCUCGCUACUGGAGGACUGGGCAAUGGAAUGGAACUAGCUUCCUUGGAAUUCAGCGCUGGGGUUCGUCAUGGGUUUAUCUUAAUGGUUUCAUGUUUGUCACAGAUGAUGAAGAAGGCAUGUUAUACUUCACUUACUCUAGAUACAAUGAUACCUUUCCGUCCAUCUUGAUAAUGAAUUAUACUGGAAUUUUUGAGAAGUUGGAAUGGAUUGAAGAGAUGAAGGAAUGGAGCAGUGUCUGGGAGGCACCAGAUGGUCGGUUUGUUUAUGGUACAUGUGGGCCUUUUGGGAUUUGCAGUGAGUUUGAAUCACCAAUCUGCAGGUGCUUAAACGGAUUUGAGCCUAAGUUUUUGGACGAAUGGAGUAAAGGAGAUUGGAGUGAUUUUUUGAGUGAUGUGUCUUCUGAGGAAGGUGAAGAGAGUUACUUGAGAAACUGUUCUUGUGUGGUCUACUCAUAUACCAGUGGAAUUGGUUGUAUGGUCUGGCAUGGCAGUAUCCUGGAUGUUCAAGAAUUCUCUAUUGGCGGGGAGAAGCUUUUUCUUCGCCUUGCAGAAGUAGAAUUAGGCAAAAACAGAGGAUUAAAGUUGUACAUAGUUCUGCCUGGCGCUUUCGAAGUAGUUAUCUUGGUAAUCUUGGCUUGUCUUUCGUGCAGAAGGAAGACAAAACAUAAAGGGCCAUUGAGACACUCUCAUCAGGCCAACAAACUGAAGGAUAGCUUGAGGAGAGGAGAAAACUCAGAACUGCAAAUAUUUAGCUUGCGUGGCAUAAAGACUGCAACGAAAAACUUCAGUGAUGCAAAGAAACUCAGAGAGGGAGGUUUUGGUCCUGUUUACAAGGGCCAGCUUAAAAAUGGUCAAGGAAUAGCAGUGAAAAGACUUUCAAAAAGCUCAGGGCAAGGAAUUGAAGAGUUGAAGAAUGAGGUUAUACUGAUAUUGAAGCUCCAGCAUAGGAAUCUUGUGAGGUUGUUGGGGUGUUGCAUUGAGGGAGGAGAGGAGAUAUUAGUAUAUGAGUUCAUGCCUAAUAAAAGCUUGGAUGCUUUUCUGUUUGAUCCAAGUAAGCAUGCCCAGCUUGAUUGGCCAACUCAAUUCGACAUCAUUGAGGGCAUAGCACGCGGGCUUCUCUAUCUUCACCAUGAUUCUCGUCUUCGAGUGAUCCAUCGAGAUUUGAAGGAGCGCAACAUUCUCCUGGACGAGGAUAUGAAUCCAAGAAUUUCAGAUUUUGGGAUGGCAAGAAUAUUUGGAGGGAAGCAAACUAUAGCAAACACUAACAGGGUUGUUGGAACAUAUGGCUAUAUGUCCCCUGAGUAUGCAAUGGAAGGGAUAUUUUCAGAGAAGUCUGAUGUAUUCAGUUUUGGAGUCCUGCUAUUAGAGAUUGUGAGCAGUAGGAGGAACACUAGCUUUUAUCAAAAUGAACACUCCCUUAGCCUCAUAACAUAUGCCUGGAAUCUGUGGAAAGAAGGAAAGGGAUUGGAGUUGAUGGAUUCAACACUAUCGGAGUCAUGUUCUCCGGAAGAAGUAAUGAGAUGCAUUCAUGUGGGCCUUCUUUGUGUUCAAGAGAGUGCAGCUGACAGGCCCACUAUGUCUGAUGUUGUCUCAAUGCUUGACAAUGAAAGUGUAGUUUUACCUUCUCCAAAACAACCAGCCUUUUCAAAUCUGAGAAGUGGGUUGGAGCUUCAUUCAUCUGGGAACAGGCCAGAAGUUUGUUCUGUAAAUUGUGUGACACUUCCAAUAAUGGAAGCACGAUCUUAGUUCACCAUAUCAUGUAGCAAUAAUGUCCUUGAUAAGCUCACAGUUUUUACCUAAAUUGGAUUCAUGUGACUUAUGACCUGCAACCAAU